ACUUGUGCAAAACUUCAUCAAGUUUGCUGUAUUUAAAACUAACCAACUCUCUUGAUAUUGUUCUUUUUUUCUCAGAGUUCUUCCGAGAGCUGUUGAGCAAUGCAGAGAAAUCUCUCAACGACAUGUUCGUGCGGACCUACGGCUUGAUGUACGUGAAGAACGCAGAGCUCUUCGAGGAAUUCUUCCGUGAUCUACACCGCUACUACAGCCACGGGAGCAGCGCUGUCAACCUGGACGACAUGCUUGCGGACUUCUGGACGGAGCUUCUGGAGCGCAUGUUCCGACUGGUCAAUGUGCAGUAUGAGUUCAGUGGCUCGUACAUGGAGUGCGUCAGCAGACACAUGGAGCAGCUCAAACCCUUCGGUGAUGUUCCACGCAAGCUCCGCCUGCAGUUGACUCGUUCCUUCAUCGCUGUCCGCACGUUCACCCGCGGCCUGGCACUCAUGCCUGAGGUGGUGGGCAAAGUUUCCACGGUAAACGCCUCUCCGAACUGUGUGCGUGCAGCUAUGAAGAUGUUAUACUGCCCGUACUGUACCGGCCAGGUGGCACUGAAGCCCUGCAAGAACUACUGUCUCAACGUCAUGCGAGGCUGCCUGGCCAAUCAGGCUGAUCUGGACACAGAGUGGAAUAACUUCCUGGAUUCCAUGUUGGGUCUCGCUGAGAGGCUAGAGGGACCUUUUAACUUUGAGUCUGUCAUGGACCCCAUAGACGUCAAGAUUUCCGACGCCAUCAUGAACAUGCAAGAGAACAGCAUACAGGUCUCACAGAAGGUGUUUCAGGGUUGUGGGCAGCCCAAACCCAACAUGUAUUUCCGCACUCGUCGCUCUUCUAAAGACUCGGGCUUCCCUGGCCGUUUCCGACCCUACAGCCCUGAGGCCAGACCCACCACUGCCGCUGGCACCAGCCUGGACCGACUGUUGACGGAUGUCAAGAAGAAACUGAAGCACGCCAAGAAGUUCUGGUCCACCCUGCCGGACACGGUGUGUGUUGGAGACCGGAUUUCCACCGGUGAUGAAUGCUGGAAUGGUACAGCCAAAAGCAGGUACGAAUCUGUCGUCAUGGGCAACGGCUUAGCCAAUCAGGUGUCUAAUCCUGAUGUGGAAGUUGACAUCACCAAACCAGACACGGUGAUUCGGCGGCAAAUAGCAGUGCUGAAGGAAAUGACCAGCUGGCUUAAAGCUGCUUACACUGGCACUGACAUCUCAUUUGUCAAUGAGGAUGCUGGCAGCGGAGAGGAAAGCGGAAGUGGCUGCGACUCGCCCUCUUGUGACAAUGACGGCGACAUCUACUUCUCCACCCCAGUGCCCGAUAAACCUCGCAUCAUCAAGCUUAAUGCUGGAAACCAGCCCUCUAGUGGUACACGGUUGGCACCCUGCAGUCUGGCAGUGGCAGUGGCAGCGCUCCUGCUCGCCCUACUCACCCUUCACGCGAGAUAAGACCGGCUGAGAGAGGAAGAGGAUGUGUGUUUGUACGAAUUUGAACA